CUCUGAUCGGAGGGAGGUGAUCUCUGAAAUUGCUCAGUGAGCACCCCUAAUUUCCCUGAUUUACAUAUAACUGUCAAUCACACCCAAUGGAAUCCAAUCAGAAAGCAAGUGGGGACGGACUGACGGGGACGCAGAAGGAGACGGCGCUCCGGGCGCUCAUGCAACGCACAGGAUACCAACUGCGGCAGGAAAACGGUCAGCGGAGGUACGGCGGCCCCCCACCUGGCUGGGACGGCCCACCACCAGAAAGAGGCAGCGAGAUCUUUGUGGGGAAACUCCCCAGAGAUCUGUUUGAAGAUGAACUAGUUCCACUGUGUGAGAAGUUUGGUAGGAUCUACGAGGUGAGAAUGAUGAUGGACUUCAACGGGAACAACAGAGGUUACGCCUUCGUCACCUUUGGCACCAAACAGGAGGCCAGAGCAGCCAUGAAGCAGCUCAACAACUAUGAGAUCAGGAAUGGCCGCCUCCUUGGAGUUUGUGCCAGCGUGGACAACUGCCGCCUGUUUGUGGGCGGGAUUCCUAAAACCAAGAAGCGUGAGGAGAUCCUGGCUGAGAUGAGAAAGGUCACUGAGGGGGUUGUGGACGUCAUCGUGUACCCCAGCGCCACUGACAAGACCAAGAACAGAGGCUUCGCCUUUGUGGAGUACGAGAGUCACCGUACAGCCGCCAUGGCCCGCCGCAAACUGCUGCCAGGUCGUAUUCAGCUGUGGGGUCAUGCCAUCGCCGUGGACUGGGCGGAGCCUGAAGUGGAGGUAGAUGAGGAUACUAUGGCAACUGUUAAGAUACUGUAUGUCAGGAACUUGAUGCUGCAGACCACAGAGGAGACCAUCGAAAAUGAGUUCAACAGCCUCAAACCAGGUGCAGUGGAGCGGGUGAAGAAGAUCAGAGACUACGCCUUCGUCCACUUCGCUCAGAGGGAAGAUGCCAUCAACGCCAUGAAAGCUCUCAACGGGAAGGUGGUGGAUGGGUCUCCUAUCGAGGUGACUCUGGCCAAGCCGGUCGACAAGGACAGUUAUGUUCGUUACACCAGAGGGACGGGAGGACGAGGAGCGUCGCUGUUGCAGCCUGACUACGCCGCCUACACUCUGGGACAUGUGUACGACCCCUCGGCGGCAUAUCUCGGUGCUCCAGUGUUUUACACCCCCCAGGCCUACACUGCCAUUCCAGGUCAGUUCCGCUUCCCAGCAGCCAAAGCUCACAUCGGAGGUCGAGGUGUGAUCAGGACACCGUCUGUCAGAGAAAUUUACAUGACUGUACCUGUAGGGGCUGCGGGGGUGCGGGGGCUGGGAGGGCGGGGCUACCUGGCCUAUACAGAGGAGAAGCUGUACGACCUCCUGCCGGGCAUGGAGCUGACCCCCAUGAACCCUGCUGCCAUGAGCUUGAAGGCCGCCAUCAAGCCUGCACCUCAGGUCCUGGAGGAGCUGUGUCAGAAGAAUAACUGGGGUCAGCCUGUCUACCAGCUCCACUCUGCCCUCGGUCCAGACCAGAGACAACUCUUCCUCUACAAGAUCACCAUCCCAGCUCUGGCUACGCAGUACCCCAACGUCCAUCCCUUCACCCCUGCUAAGCUGUGUACCACUGUCGAAGAAGCUAAAGUGCAUGCAGCCGAACACACUCUGCAGACGCUCGGGCUGCAGACAGAGGGCGCCGCUGACACCAGCUGUGCUACCGUUGCCACCGUGGCCUCGGUAGCCUUCCCAGGUUAUGCUCUGGCAACAUCGGCAGCCGUCGCAUCCCAGCUGAAGCAGGCUGUGUCUCUGGGUCAGGACCUGACCGCCUACACCACCUAUGAGGGCUACCCUGCGUUUGCUGUGGCGACGCGCAACGCUGACGGAUACGGCGUUUUCUAG